AUGCUUGAUGCAAAAACUGCUGAAGUGCCCCCAGAAGAUUCCAUCAUCAUCGUUGAUGAUCUGAAUGGGAACGUAGAAUGCAGAAAGGAAGAACAUACCGCUCACAUUGGGCAUGGAUUCGGAGAAAAGAAUGACGACCGUGUGAGUAUUCUCGAGUUCUCAGAACCUGAUAACCUGGCAAUUGCGAACAAAUGGUUCAAAAAGCGUGACUCAUAUCUGAUGACGUAUUACAGCGGCACUAAUGCCACGCAGAUCGACUACAUCCUCGUGAGACGCCGUGAUCUCAAAAAUGUGCUUGAUGCAACUAUGAAACAGUUUCGAAACAAUACAGUCCAUUCGUGUGCAAGCUAA